AAGUUGAGCUUUCGCCCGAACCCGCUGGAAGCGGCGAGCGGGUGCGGUGGUCGGGCGGCAUCAGGUAGCACCAGUGGCACCACUACUACCACCACUACCACCGGCGUGGGGUAGGCUGCGAGCUGGGGCGCUGGAGGCUGUGCCGUAUCCACGCCGUGACUCUUCGUGUCUGCGUGCCGCUGCCCCUCCCGCUGCCCCCCUCGCUUGCUGAAGAUGUCCACAGCCCUGGUGUCGCCCACCAUCUUCGAGCUGAGCGAAGUUUUAUACAAGAGCAACAAGAUGUUGAAUUACAGCCCCUCGGGUGUCAGCGGGUGCCUGCUGGACAGGAAGGCGGUGGGCACCCCGACCGGCGGGGGUUUCCCUAGGAGGCAUUCUGUCACCCUGCCCAACUCCAAGUUCCACCAGAACCAGCUCCUCAGCAGUCUGAAAGGGGAGCCGGCUCCCAUGCUGGGCCCCCGGGAAAGUCGCUUCCGGGACCGCUCCUUCUCCGAGGGCGGCGAGCGCCUGCUGCAGCAGAAGCAGCCCGGGGGACAGGUCAACUCCAGCCGCUACAAGACGGAGCUGUGCCGCCCCUUCGAGGAGAACGGCGCCUGCAAGUACGGUGACAAGUGCCAGUUCGCUCACGGCAUUCACGAGCUGCGGAGCCUCACCCGCCACCCCAAGUACAAGACCGAGCUCUGCCGCACGUUCCACACCAUCGGCUUCUGUCCCUACGGGCCGCGCUGCCACUUCAUCCACAACGCGGAGGAGCGCCGUGCCGUGGCGGGCAGCCGGGAGCCCGCCGUCACCGACAGACCCCGCCUGCAGCACAGCUUCAGCUUCGCCGGCUUCCCCAGCACUGCUGCCAGCGGGCUGCUGGACAGCCCUACUUCCAUCACCCCACCGCCCAUGCUGAGCGCAGACGACCUGCUGGGCUCCCCUACCUUGCCUGACUGCGCCAGCAACCCCUUCACCUUCCCCAGCCAGGAGCUGGUCAGUCUCUUUGUCCCCAGCAUGGGGGUGCAGGUGCCCAGUGGGAGCUCCCCCACCACCUUCUUGAUCAGGCCCAUGUCUGAAUCCCCCAACAUGUUUGACUCGCCACCCAGUCCUCAGGACUCCCUCUCUGACCAGGAGGGUUAUCUGAGCAGCUCCAGCAGCAGCCACAGCGGCUCAGAUUCCCCUAUCCUGGACACCUCAAGACGUCUUCCCAUCUUCAGCAGACUCUCCAUCUCCGACGACUAAUCUGGGUUUUCCUGUUGCUCUCCCCCCCGGCUCCUCCUCUGUUAUGAUGUUAAGCUGAAUUCCCCCCACCCUGUCCCCGGUAGUCUGAGCUGGAUGUUAACCUGUCCACGUGCCUGCCGUACACCCACUGGCUUAAACCUUAAGUGCCAAAUUACGAUGAAAAGCAAUAACGUUUACAAAAUUAGUGCCUUUAACACUUUCACUGUGACUGUAUUACCUCUCCAGCUGCAGAGGGCACCAGCAGCUCUGUGCACUUCCAGAUGUGCAGGCAAUGUCCAGAUCCAGCUCCCUCCACUGGCCAUGUACUGCAUUGCCCUCUCCCAGUCUCCCCGACUGGCCAGUUUCUGCUAGGCUGCAGGCAUGUGGGCAAGCGUUAACGUCCAGUCCUUUCUCCCCUCCCCUUAAAGACUAAUCUUGCCUGGAUCUGCUCAGGUCUGCGGGAAGAAAAGCUGAGAACGGACAAAGAUUGUAACAUGGUGGGACUUAAACUGGGAGGAAGAAAACAAAAAAACCGAGAUGGACUAUGAGAGACUUGAUUUUGGUGCUAAAAGUUCCCCGUGUAUUCAUGUGACAUCUUAAAAACAAAUAAAGAGAAUCGAGGGGGUGGGGCCGACAGAAGUCAUUCCACACACACACACAGAGCAAGUUCCUGUAAACAGAAAGUUCCAGUAGACAUAGCUUUAAUGGUUUUGCUCUAGAGUACUUUAGAACUAUCUUAGAGCACUCACGCCAAGCUUUGU